AUGAACACGUUUCUUUCCAGGGCGAAUACUAUAUUCGCUUUCACACUCAGUGUGAUGGCAGCUCUCACAUUUGCUUGUUUUUUAUCGACAGGAUUUAAUGAUCUACAGGCUAGCACAACUAUUAAAACUGGUCGGGUAUUAGUAAAAAACUUGCGUGAUUAUCAAGCUGAUCGAGAAAGAAAUAUCUCUAAGUUAUUCAAUUGGAAUGUGAAACUCCUAUUUUUGUAUUUGACAGCUGAAUAUGAAACUGCAGAACAUAAAAUAAAUCAAGUUGUAAUCUGGGAUAAAAUAAUCCGCCGUGGUGAAAAUGCAAUUUUGGACUACCGGAGCAUGAACACCAAAUAUCACUUUUGGGAUCUUGGCAAUGGAUUACGGGGUAACAAAAAUGUAUCAUUGGCUUUGUCUUGGAAUGUAAUUCCCAAUGCUGGUACUUUGCCAAAGGUUGCCGGGAACGGAAGAUAUGAAUUUGCUUUCCCAGAUGACUAUGCUUCCAGUCGGUUAUAA